GUCCCGCCAGCCCUCGGCGCGGUCGCACUAGAGACGUCAUGGCAGUGCGGGCCAAUGAGGUGGCGAGGGGAGGCGGGCCGCUUGUGUUUGAAUUUGCUCAGUGUGCGGCUAGAGAAGGAGGUGACGGGGAUGUGGCCCGGACAGAGCCAGUAGCGCCCCCCGCUCGCAGAAGAGAUUUCAGUUGCUUGGUCUGGAGAAUUGUUUUUGGCAACAAAGAAGAAUUAAACCGAAGUAUCAUCAUGUCUGCUGCUACCCAGGAAGAUAUUUGCAAUCAUGUGAGAGUGGUAGUCCGUGUCCGUCCACAGAAUCAAAAAGAAAAAGAUGGCAACUUUAGCAAAGUGCUUCAUGUUGUAGACAAGCACAUGCUGGUCUUUGAUCCAAAAGAAGAAGAAGUUAGCUUCUUUCAUGGGAAGAAAAUAGCAUGUAGGGAUAUUAACAAGAGGAAAAACAAGGAUCUCAAAUUUGUAUUUGAUGCUGUUUUUGAUGAAAAUUCAUCUCAAUUAGAAGUUUUUGAACAGACUACCAAAACUGUGCUUGAUGGCUUUUUAAAUGGAUACAAUUGUACAGUGCUUGCAUAUGGCGCAACAGGAGCAGGAAAGACCUACACGAUGCUGGGCUCAUCUAAAGAACCCGGAGUGAUGUAUCUAACCAUGAUGGACCUUUACAAUUGCAUGGAUCAAAUAAAAGAAGAGAAACUGUGUACUGUUGCAGUUUCAUAUCUAGAGGUCUACAAUGAACAGAUCCGUGACCUGCUAGUAAAUUCAGGACCACUGGCUGUCCGUGAAGAUACCCAGAAAGGGGUGGUAGUUCAAGGAUUAACAUUACAUCAGCCUAAAUGUGCAGAGGAGAUCCUUCAGAUGUUGGAUUAUGGAAACAAGAAUAGAACACAGCACCCCACUGAUAUGAAUGCCUCGUCUUCUCGGUCCCAUGCGGUCUUUCAGAUUUAUUUAAGGCAGCAAGAUAAAAUAGCAAGUAUCAGUCAAAAUGUACGUAUUGCCAAAAUGUCCCUCAUUGACCUGGCAGGAUCUGAACGUGCCAGUGCCACAAAUUCCAAAGGAGCUCGUUUUAGAGAAGGGACCAACAUUAACCGUUCACUGCUAGCUCUUGGAAAUGUCAUUAAUGCAUUGGCAGAUCCAAAGAGCAAGAAACAACACAUUCCUUAUCGUAACAGCAAGCUUACUCGUUUACUGAAAGAUUCUCUUGGGGGGAAUUGUCGGACUAUAAUGAUAGCUGCUGUUAGUCCUUCUUCUAUGUUCUAUGAUGACACUUACAACACUCUGAAGUAUGCAAACCGAGCAAAAGAUAUUAAAUCUUCUUUGAAAAGCAAUGUUGUUAGUUUGGACAGUCAUAUAAGUCAAUAUGUUAAGAUUUGCAAUGAGCAAAAGAAAGAGAUCAUAAUGCUGAAAGAGAAACUGAGAUCAUAUGAAGAAGAAAAAGCAGCCAUUCCUGAAAACCAUGGUACAAGUGUUCUUUCAAACCAGCAGCAAGUGGCAAUACAAAGAUUUCGAGAGAUUCUAAAAAGUUUGUUUAUAAAUCGGGAGGAAAUCAGAAAGGAAUACCUCAAGCUGGAAAUGCGGUUUAAAGAGAACAUUCUGAAAACAUAUUACCAGAAACAAUUCCAUGAACAAAUUGAGUUGAUGUGCUCUGAAGAGAGAGUAGAAAAGGCCACUUGUAAACGGGAUCAUAGGCUCGCAAUGCUUAAAACUCGUCGUUUGCAUGUGCAGAAUAAGAAAGAAGAGGAGAUGAAACACUUUGAGGAGAAUACUAAUUGGCUGCAUCGUGUGGAAAAUGAAAUGCGUCUCCUGGGACAAGAUGGCCAUAUUCCACAGGUGCUCCGUAAAGAUCUUCACUGCUACCAUUUAAAGCUAGAGAUCAAGGAUCUGAAAAUGCAGAUUGAACACAUGAUGUCUCUAGUAUCACUUCAAGAGCAGCAACAUAAGCAAACAGAAAAAGUUCUAAAUGCUUUGCUUCCCGUUCUAAGAAAACAGUACUUCACCUUAAAAGAAGCAGGUUUGGCAAAUGCUGUCAUUGAGGCUAACUUCAAGGAGGUUGAACAGCUGAUUCAGAGACCAAAAACGGUAAUUUGGGCUGACCAACCUGUUGAAGAGGAACCUAAACAAAAUGAUCAACCAGAGCUGUCUGUUAUCCUGGCAUUUCCACAACUUGCAAGCAAUCCAAAUACACCUUGCC